UCCAGAGUUUUCUCCCAGUCUCUAGUGUGGGUGCAGGGGACAAAGUACUUGAGCCAUCUUCCACUGCCUUUCCAGGUGUACAAGCAGGGAGUUGAAUCAGAAGUGGAGUAGCCAGGACUCAAACAUUCAUCCAUAUAGGAUGCGGGCACCACAGGCUGCAUCUACUGUGCCACAGCGUUGCCCUCAAUUUCUAUAGAUCUGUGGUACUACGUUUCCCAGAAAUCCACGCUGCACCACAAUUCUCUGAGUCUGCCGCGAAGAGUUCUGGGGCUUGAAGUCCACGAACGCGUCGCCCAAGUUAGCGAAAUAGGGGCCUUUGGAAACAUGAAGAGGAUAAACAGCUGUGUGAAGAGUGAUGAGCGCACACUGGAGGAGCUGGAAACAGAAGGCGAGAGGCAGCUGAAGAGCCUGCUUCAGCAUCAACUUGAUACCUCUGUCUCCAUUGAGGAAUGUGUAUCUAAGAAAGACAGUUUUGCUCCUGGUACAAUGUAUAGGCCCUUUGGGAAGGAAGCAGCUGGUACUAUGACUUUGUCCCAGUUCCAGACACUACACGAAAAGGACCAGGAAACUGCUUCUCUCAGGGAACUAGGGCUUAAUGAAACAGAAAUCUUAAUCUGGAAAAACCACGUGUCAGGGGAAAAGAAGACAAAACUGAGAGCAACUCCUGAAGCAAUACAGAAGCGUCUCCAAGAUAUUGAAGAAAGGAUUUCAGAGCGUCAGCGCAUCCUUUGCCUGCCACAGAGAUUUGCGAAGAGCAAACAGCUGACCCGGCGGGAAAUGGAAAUAGAAAAAUCUUUAUUUCAGGGAGCUGAUCGUCAUUCCUUCCUUAAGGCUCUUUAUUACCAAGCAUACCACAAAAAGACAAGUGCAGACAAGUACAUGACCUCAAUGAAGAGGAAGAUAAAAUUAGGCACAAAAGGCUGUAUUGGUAGGUUUUGUAGAACUUCGCUAUCUCUUUGUCUUGAUCCAGAUGAACCCCAUAAGAAGAUCAAAGGUGAUCCCAUGAACAACCUGGAAAAUUUUUACCACGAGAUGAUAAUGAAAAAACGUCUUGAAGAGUUCCAACUUAUGAGAGGUGAACCCUUUGCUUCCCACUCACUGGUCUCAGCCUCCUCAGUGGGAGGUAGUGGCACAGCUGAGAACCCAUCAUUUCUCAAGGACGAGGGAAAACAGGCAGCACAGGGUAAAGGUCCAGGUCUCCAUGUGGCAAAAGUUAUUGAUUUUUCACCUGAGCAGUGUCGGACUGGGCCUAAGAAGCUGACGCAGCCGAUAAAAUUUGUCCCAGAAGAUGAGAUCCAGAGAAAUCGUUUAUCAGAGGAAGAGAUCCGCAAAAUCCCUAUGUUUUCUUCAUAUAAUCCAGGGGAGCCAAACAAGGUGUUGUACUUGAAGAACCUUAGCCCUCAGGUAACUGAAGCAGAUCUUAUCUCGUUGUUCGCUCGGUUCCAGGAGAAAAAAGGACCUCCAAUUCAAUUCCGAAUGAUGACUGGACGAAUGAGAGGGCAGGCUUUUAUCACCUUUCCCAAUAAGGAGGUAGCAUGUCAAGCAUUGCAUCUGGUAAAUGGAUAUAAACUGCGUGGGAAAAUAUUGGUAAUAGAGUUUGGAAGGAACAAAAAGCAACAAUCAGAUCUCCAACCUGCUACUCUCAUAUCAUCUGCCAGAGACAUUACUACAGAAAUCAAUGGUAGCUAGAAUAUAUUAUCCAUUUUAGGUUCUGAAUGGUCUUCCUUGCAUCACAAAUUUGGAUUUGGGAUUUCUGUUUAGGUAUAAAUUUGUUUGAUGUUGAAAAAGAGAAUGCUUGACAGAGAAAAUAUUAUUUGGGACAAUUACUUUUGGCUUUUGGAAACAAUUGGGAAAAAAUAUUUUAUGUAAUAAAAGACCAUAUAGAAUAGAGGAUAUACUGAAGAUAAAGGGUGAUGUACAAAAAGCAUUAUUUUCUCAGGAUAAAUUACAAUGGAUUUUUCCUGAGGAUUUUUUACAUCUUUAUAAUUGGGGAGAUAGAUUUCAUAGAUAUUCGUCCCUACAGAUAACAUUUUUUCAGUAAUGUUUCCUAUAUACAGAACUGAAGAAGUUAUUAAAGAUGAUAUAUUUCUU